UCUGCGUUCUUGCUUUAGGCCCUCCCUCUCUCGGCACCCAUCUUAUCCGCUUAUUACCAGUUACCGCUCUCAUCAAUCAAACAACUCUCAACAAGAAGGGGAAAGAACAAUGGCGCUUCUCUCAGCUUCUUCGUAUUCAUUCGUGGUAUCCUCUUCGUCAUUAACGUCUUCUUCUUCUUCUUCUUCAAGACCUUCAAUCAACGCCUGCAAAACCCCAUUUCUUGGUUUCUCGGUGGCUCUCUCCAAACGGCCUUGGGUCCCACCCACCACGCUUCGCUUUAAUGGCUCCGAAAAACAUGGAAAAAGGGGCUUAACGGUUCGCUGCGUGGACGCCCCUCAUGUUCCCGUCGACCAGCGUUGGUUGUUCGAGCAAUCCGAAGUCAAUGGCCCUGACAUUUGGAAUAAGACAUGGUAUCCAAAAGCAGCGGAUCACAUUCCAACCCAGAAACCAUGGUACAUUGUUGAUGCUACGGACAAAAUUCUUGGGAGACUAGCAUCCACAAUUGCCAUUCACAUCCGCGGGAAAAAUUUGGCGACAUAUACUCCUAGUGUGGACAUGGGGGCAUUUGUUAUUGUGGUCAAUGCAGAAAAAGUAGCUGUAUCUGGCAAGAAAAGAACCCAAAAGCUUUAUAGGAGGCAUUCGGGAAGACCAGGUGGUAUGAAAGUUGAAACUUUCGACCAACUGCAGCAGAGAAUCCCAGAAAGAAUCAUUGAGCAUGCUGUUCGUGGCAUGCUUCCUAAAGGGAGGCUUGGCAGAGCACUCUUCAACCACCUAAAGGUUUACAAGGGCCCAGAUCAUCCGCACACUGCCCAGAAGCCCGCUAACCUGCCCAUAAGAGACAAGAGAAUAGAGAGACAAAGAUAGAUACGAAGCAACAAGACUAGAACAAGAACCAGUGAGCCGUCUUCUUUCGACCCUUGGUUUUGGCACUUUCAUGCUUUGGUUUCUAUGAGAUUCAUACUUAAGCCUUUUGCUUAUAUUUUGUGUUUUUCUUGUAGUCUGUAGAUGUUUUUCGUGUUAUUAUUAAUCUAAUCUUUUUCAUCUGUGGGCUGGUCUUGAAAUAUGAUAAGAAGCUUAUUUUGUGGGUGUCAACUGCUUAAUGUAUUUGUAUUCUGAUAUGCAACUAUUGUCACAGCAUUGUCGAAUUUAUUUACUCAGGAAACAUGGAAAAAAAACCUGAGAUUCUUAUUGUUUU